AUGGCGGACAAGCAAGUCAAAGUGGCUUUGUGGGGUGUACCUCGAACAAUGUCGACAGUGUUUGCGAAAUGCAUGAGCGCCAUUGAAGAAAUGGAAGUAUAUCUGGAGCUUUAUUCGUAUUCUAAAACAGCGAGUGGCAUGUUCGAAUCGGCGACAGGUCGUGAGCUGCCGCGGAAACUUGACGGGAACGAAGCGGUGUACGCAGAAGCUUUGGAGGUGUUUAAAUCAGAAACAAAUGGUAUUUUGGUACCGAGAAGAAUUUCAUGCUGUGACAUCAAAAGAGACCUGGAGACCACCACGAGUAAGUUCGUCUUUGUAAAGGAAAUGGCCUUUACGGAUUACAUCCUGGAGUAUCUACCGAAUGGCUUCAAGUAUGUCUUCCUUAUCAGAGAACCAGCGAAGGUCUACAAGUCUUUCCGGAUUGGGGUAAAGGAGAUGUUUUAUUUUAAUAAAGAUGAUAGGCCUAUUGAUAUCAUACACGACGAUACGUCCAACUUACGACCGAUGACGUGGUACGAGCAACAGCACCGGCUCUGGAAAUACGUCCAGCAAAAUCUCGAUCCUAACCCAAUCAUCAUCGACGCUACCGAUCUAGCCACCAACCCACGGGAGAUCUUGAAAGGUUUCUGCGAUGCUGUUGGAUUUCCAUACAGCGAUAGCCUCCUGCAGUGGUCCCCGAGCCAUGAGUUCCCGAAGAACUUUGUGACGGCUGGAGAAAACCUUUUUGAUUCAUUUUCAGCGAUGUACUCGACAGCGUUCAACAGCACACACUUCAUGGCGCCUACCGUGAAGGGACCUUUACCACGUGAUCUGCUGACAGAUGACGUCAUCAAAUGUGUCGACUAUUCCGUGCCAUUUUACCGUGAAAUGUAUGAAGCCAGAAUGCAACUGCCUUAA